UCCCUCCGGCUCCAGCUCCGCGCCCCACGUCGUCCUCCCGAGUUCAGGAGACAAGAGGACUCUGUUCGCCUCGCCCAGCCCAGCCCUCUUCCUCGGGCCGCGUCAAAGCCGGAGCGAAGGAACCACGUUCUCGGCUCUUCCCCGUGCAGCUCAGACAAGUUUGGAAAUUAAACAAAUCGCGUUUGCACUCGAGGCCGCGGGACUCCAAAAGGGAAACAAACAAAACCAGACCGAAAAACCUAUCCGCAGCCAAGCCAAGAUUUCAAAGGGGCAUCUGAAACGAGCGUGUGUUUAUGGCGAUAUGGUGUUUUCUGGGUUUUGUUUUGUUUUUUUGCUAAAAAAAAUAUGUAUCCCUCAAGCUUGCAUCAUCAGUAUUCAAUGUGAUCCACAGAAGCGCUUCAAAAGAUGGUUUCUGUUAGUGUUGCAAAAGCACUUCUGAUUUUUAGGUUGCCAUGGUAACUGAAGAAGUCGCCCUGCACGGUGGAGACGCCGCCGCAUGGCUGGAUUCCGGAACUGUUCUUGAAGAGAUCUCCUCUUGCCCCCUUAAGUUACCAUGGGCGAACAGCACCUGCCAAAUUUUUGAGACAGCUCGCGGCUUAGGGGAAGGCUCAUCUAAAUAAAGGCCGGCUAAAGUGACAUAGCGGGACUUAAUCCUCCACUCGCCCGCCCGCCCCGGCCGGAAGGCUGUUGGCAGCUUUCUUCUUUCUGGGGCUCCAGAUGAUUAGGUCUCGGGCCCUGCGACCUGCCGGCAAGAGCCUCGUGAAAUGAGGGAGGUCAGAGCUGAGCGCCAGCAGCCGGGGCCCCGGCGGCCUCCACAGUGAUAGAUCCUCUGACCCUCAAAGGAAAUAGCAAACCGGACCGUGGUCCCAGGACCAGCCGCCUAGCACAGAGCAUCAGACUGCACUGCGGCCAGGAAGUUCCUGCAGCCGGACAGGGGGGAACAGGGGUGGCAGCGGUGCAAGGGCAUGCGCCCUCCUGCACAGUGAGAGCUGGGAAGUCCGGCCCAGGAAGGUGAGGGCCUCCGGGGAAGCUCUGCGGGCUCCGAUGGGCUGGGGCCCUGGCGGUCCCUAACGCCCCUCGCCCACCCAAGGGGCCCCUUCUGCGCCUCCCAACCUGCCGCUGGCCGCGCCUCCUGGCUGAGAUGGAGACGGGAGCUGCUGCGGUGCCAUGACGAUGACAGCAGUGUGCGUGGAUGGAGGCGGCCUGGUGAGCCCGCACUGCGCCCGGUGGGACCGGCGGGACAGCGUGGAGAGUGGCUGCCCCACGGAGUGCAGCCAGGAGGAGGCCGAGGGGCAGGCGCGCCAGCUGACGCCCUUCGAGAAGCUGACCCGGGACAUGUCCCAGGACGAGAAGGUGGUGAGAGAGAUCACGCUGGGGAAGCGGAUCGGCUUCUACCGCAUCCGCGGGGAAAUCGGCAGCGGGAACUUCUCCCAAGUCAAGCUGGGGAUUCACUCCCUGACCAAAGAAAAGGUGGCCAUUAAAAUCCUGGACAAGACCAAGUUAGACCAGAAAACCCAGCGGCUGCUCUCCCGUGAAAUCUCCAGCAUGGAGAAACUGCACCACCCCAACAUCAUCCGCCUUUACGAAGUCGUGGAGACCCUGUCCAAGCUCCACUUGGUGAUGGAGUACGCGGGGGGCGGGGAGCUCUUCGGGAAAAUUAGCACCGAAGGGAAGCUCUCGGAACCAGAAAGCAAGUUCAUCUUCUCCCAGAUUGUGUCUGCUGUGAAGCACAUGCACGAAAACCAAAUUAUCCACAGAGACCUGAAAGCAGAAAACGUGUUCUACACCAGCAACACCUGCGUGAAGGUGGGCGAUUUCGGGUUCAGCACAGUGAGUAGAAAAGGGGAGAUGCUGAACACGUUCUGUGGGUCCCCUCCCUACGCUGCGCCCGAACUCUUCAGAGACGAGCACUACGUGGGCGUGUAUGUGGACAUCUGGGCCUUGGGGGUGCUUCUCUACUUCAUGGUGACUGGCACCAUGCCAUUUCGGGCAGAAACCGUGGCCAAGCUGAAGAAGAGCAUCCUCGAGGGCACGUACAACGUACCUCCCCACAUGUCGGAGCCCUGCCUCCGCCUCAUCCGGGGAGUCCUCCAGCCCAUACCCUCUGAGCGGUACGGGAUCGACUCCAUCAUGAACCAUGAGUGGAUGCAAGGGGUGCCAUACCCCACCCCUCUGGAACCUUUCCAGCUUGACCCCAGACAUUUGUCAGAAACCAGCACCCUCAAAGAAGAAGAAAAUGAGGUCAAAAGCACGUUAGAACAUUUGGGUAUCACAGAAGAGCAUAUUCGGAACAACCAAGGGCGAGAUGCCCGCAGCUCCAUCACCGGGGUUUAUCGCAUCAUUCUGCAUCGGGUCCAAAGGAAGAAGGCUUUGGAGAGUGUCCCAGUAAUGAUACUACCAGACCCUAAAGAACGGGACCUAAAGAAAGGGCCCCGUGUCUACAGAGGCAUAAGACACACAUCCAAAUUGUGCUCAAUUUUAUAAAUUGCGACAGACUGGUGGUAAUUAACCAAGGUCGUUGUUGCUGCUUUUAAACUUUUUCACGGUCAACUUGGUGGGGACAUUUUUAUAAUUUCUAAAUAAAUUUAAAUUUAAGGUAU